AUGCCAUCGACCUCCUUCUCGGACAUGCCAACACUGGCCGCACCUACGUCCACACCAUCGCCACCAUUCCAUCGCCGACGCAAGAGUUGGGCCCGCAAGCUUGAACGCUGCUGCUGUCAGACUUUCGCCUACUUUCCGCUUACCUUCGUCUAUGGCCUUACAACCUGGGCAGUCUAUGUCGAAGUCGAUGUAUCGUUCCUUGGUAUACACACUGGAUGGGCCUACUUCCGUGCUGGGCAGGGUAUCCUGCUGUAUGCGCUAGCCAACGUCUCAUACACGAUCGCUGUGUUCACGGAUCCAGGCUCCCCAUCGGAUCCUAAGCUGGACAACUCCAACACCGGAAGCAGGAAAGGCGGUGGCUAUGAAGGGCUGCCGACGUUCGAAGACGACGGAGAUGAGACAGAUGGGGUAGUACCGGCAGAAUGGAUGACCACGGUGACAGCAAAGAGCACUGGCCAGCCGCGAUACUGCAAGAAAUGCAACAACAUCAAGCCGGACCGGACGCAUCAUUGCUCGACAUGCGGGAAGUGUGUACUGAAGAUGGACCACCACUGUCCUUGGCUAGCGACUUGCGUAGGUUUGAGGAACUACAAGGCAUUCAUACUAUUCUUGGUCUACACAAGUCUCUUCUGUUGGGUAUCGUUCGCAGUAGCGGCUACCUGGAUUUGGGCUGAGAUAAUCGAUGGCUCGCAGAUGGAGGAAGGUUUGCGAGUGGUCAACGUUAUAUUGCUAUCUGUCUUGGCCGGGAUCAUUGGAUUGGUACUGUCUGGCUUCACUGCAUGGCAUUUGUACCUCUGCUUGACCAACCAAACCACGAUUGAGAGCCUGGAGAAGACGAGAUACCUGAGUCCGUUGAAGAAGAGCAUGGAGCAUCAGUUCCGGGAGAACAGAAACUAUCUUGGACGAGAGACGCACAGCGCUGGAGACAUUGCUGCGGACGAAGAUCAAAGUCUGGGCGACAGGCUCAGGGCAAUUCACGCGAAUGCUUUACCAGGCGUCCUUCGACCAGAAGAAGGCGAUGCGUCACUAACACCGUCUCGCGAUCCUUCGCCAAUACCUCCUGCCGCUGCGAGUGCCUCGCCAGCGCAUCAGAGCUUACGGCGAUCCUAUGCAUCGCUUGAAGCUCAACGAGAGCGUGAUCGGUACAAUUCCUAUCUCGACGAGCAAGACUCCGAGAAGCUUCCCAACGCUUUUGAUGUUGGAUGGAAACGCAAUCUGCGGCACGUUCUUGGGAACGAACCUCUGUACUGGUUCCUCCCAAUCUGCAAUACCAGCGGCAACGGCUGGCAGUGGGAAGUAAGUCCUCGGUGGAACGAGGCCCGGGAUCGUAUCGCGAGCGAGAGGGAUCGGCGCGCGAGGGAAGAAGCGCUCUGGAAUCAAGGUGCUGCCCCUCAGCGCAGUUUUGAACCACCACCGAGAGACCUGCGGUGGACACCAGGACAGGGCUUCGUGGACCGUGAAAGACAUGCAGUGCAUGAAGGGCGGAGAAGUCCUGCCAAACACUUGAAUGGUGACUCGAGUAUGCAGAUGCAGCCACUAGACCGGAGGAAGCAUAGUUCGUCUUCAGACGUUGACUAUGACACUUCAAGUGAUGAAGAGGGACGGCAGAAGAAGAAUCCAUCAGCGACAGCGAAUUGGAACGACAUACCUGAAGACUUCUUGGACCCCAAGGCUAGCCAGGGAAGACGGAGUAGAAGUCAGGCCAGAACGAAGGGAGAUUAG